AUGGCGCAGAAUGGUGAUGUUAGCCUCGCAGAUCUCUACCAAGAUCUUAUCAAUUGCCCGCCCGGCGUCACUCGAAGCACGAAACUCCAAACCUACUGCGAAACCUUCUGGAGUAGACUCAAGUACAACCCACUCCCUUCCUCCGUUCUUAUCGAUGAUUUCAUACGACUCCUACAGAACGACGACGAUCUGCUCCUUGCCCGACUGGUCAUUCCCCCUCUGCGACCGACAGUAGAUCCUCCCGAUAAUCCCAUAUUACUAGAGAUCCUAGGCCAUAUCAACUCAGACCGCACUACAAUACAGUCACUUAACAGUCGCCCUCAGCUGUACGGCACCCAAACAAACGCGCAUUUCCUCGAAGAAAAGCGAAUACUCCAGGAGACCGAGCUGUACCGAGCGAGCCUCUUACUUUACGGCCACGGCAAUACAAACGAAGCGCAGAGACAGAGGUUACAAGAGUGGCUUGCGGCAUACCCUACCGAAGAGGCGGCUACUUCUGUCUUGUCCAAGCAGUAG